AGAGUUGGAGGGGAGUGGAGAGUGCAGCACAGGUGGCUAGCUUUUAAUAGCUGGCUGUGCUAAUGUUAGAUACCAGACUAAGCUGACUUUACUGAGGUUACUCAGUAAAGUCAGCUUAGCCUUGAACGUUAUUGUCUAUCAUUAUUGUCUCAUAUAAAAGUACCUAAAAUGUUGUUGUCUUUGGAUUACAUCUAAACCCGGCAGAUGUCCAGCUUCUCAGGAAACAGGACAGGCUGUCAUUGAGUUGACAAGCCAAAGACCAAACCAAAUCAAGCGCAAUUCUUACCCGCACUCCCUAGGACACAGCCGUGGAAAAUUGUCAGCCAGUGAUAUUUCAGGCAAAUAGCACAGGUUUAUGACAGCCUCAGAGCACAGAAAGACACAGAGAGAGGCGGAGGAGGAGAUCCUUCCAGCCAAUCUGACUUGCUCUCAGCCUACACAAACUCCCAACACAGCCCCAGCCUCAGUAAUGUUGAGUGCGCUGUGAGAGUGAGCUCUACCUAUUAGAAACACUCUGCUGUUGGAGGAAAGACAAAGAAUAAAACCUACCACCAUGGAAGAGGCUGAUCUGCUAAGGGAGAGGCUCCAGGCAAUCACAGACAAAAGAAGAAUCCAGGAAGACAUUGCCAGGAAAAGAAGACAGAUUGAAGAGGAGAAAUUAAAAUUCCAGUAUAUCAAGAAAAAAGCCUUGAGGGAACAGUGGCUGAUGGAUGGUUUGAGUCAGCGGUCAGAGGAGGAGCAGGAGGCCCUGAGGCUUCAGGCUCAAGAUGAGCAGCAACAGAGUGAUCAGCUACAGAGCAACAUUCUCAGAAUAGAAAAAGAGAUUGAGGCCUUGGAACAGAAAGAGCUCAAUAUCUCAUUCAAUGAAGAAAUAGUCCUGAAGCGGUUGAAAGAGGUGGAGAGGACGCCUGAAGACAUUAUUAAGGAGCUAAAUGCAGAGUUCCUGGCAGACGUGUCACAUCUCUCUCUCCAUGAUCCA